UGGCGGAUUAUGCUAAUAUUUGAUGGAUUAAACUUUUUGAUACAUAUCCUAUUCACCAGGUACAAUAACAGAUGGGCAUUGUAUGACAGCGGAGGUGAAACAUUUUCAUAUAAAUAGUUUUCAGUUUGUGUUUUCAGCUUUUUGAAUGUCUUUCAACACGACUGCUUGAAAUUGUGUUUUUCAACAUGAAUGUUUGAAAUUGUGUUUUUCAAUGCGACUAUUUGAAAACGUGUUUAUUUUUUCAACAUGACUGUUUGAAAAUGUGUUUUUUUUUCAAGGCGGGCGUUUAUCCAUUUGAAAAUUACAAUUUGGUGAGAAAAUACUUUUCUGGAGUAUCUUGAGGAAAGAUUUAAUAGAAGAUAACUUUAGAGUUUAGAAACUUCAUACGAUGGGGUCUAAUGCUGGUAGGACAAAAAAUUUCCGUAGCGGCUUUCGAUUACCAUUCUCCACUACAGGUAUGUUUUUGAUCAUCUUGCUUCUGACAUGUACGCUAGUUUGUUUGAUAAACUUCAAGACUUACUCGCACCCUACAAGACAUUCGAGAGAAAGUUUCAAUUCUCAGACAGUAGCAUCGCGUUACGGUCAGCUGUUUACCAACUUGGCUGUCAAGUUUUGGGAGGAUUAUAAAACAAACGACAAGGACAGAAAUUUCAGGUUGGCGGAUAAAGUGGGGGGUGGGGUUUAUUGUGAGCCGGUGGAGUUCUUGACUUCAAUGGACCCAUCGCUGGGAUCUCUGGAUCCACGAGCCUUGUGUGAGGGGAUGUCUGGACACUCGGACGUCUUGUGUAGAGUCUACCUGCACCAGAUUGGGGUUCGUAAGACGGAGAUUCACGAAGACGCGUGUGUCUUGCAAGGGUCGGCAACGAAGGUGCCGAAGAUUGUGUACUUCGUGACGUUUGGGAGCUACGAGUUUCAGAUGAGGAAUUACGUGGCCGUGCUGGCGGCUAAAAGACACAUCGACCCCCAGGCUAUCUACGUUAUAGGGGACCAGCACCCCACGGGCCCGUGGUGGGAGUUGGUGAUUCGUGACGUCCCAGGGAUCAGGUUUGUGUACAGGGAGGCGCCGUUGGAGAUCGCAGGCUACAGGAUCAAGAAAAAGGAACACAGGUCUGACGUCAUCAGGCUCCAGAUGUUGUAUCUGAAUGGUGGGAUUUAUCUGGACACGGACAUGGUGGUUUUAAGGAGCCUGGAUGCUUUGUUAGAUCACGACCUGACUAUGGGCCUGAUUGAGAACAUCACAGGCCUGGGUAACGCCUUCAUCUUGGCCAAGCGGGGCAACUCUUUCAUCAGGGACUGGUACAACGGCUACAGGCAGUACAAGAACGAUGUUUGGGGCUACAACUCCAUGGAGCUGGCCAACAGCCUGUACCACAGAAACAAGUCUAGGGUCCACCUCCUCACCGACCACCUCUACAGCCCCAACUGGUUCCAGCUCCAGUACCUGAUCAACGCCAGCCACCCCUACGACUGGCGGAACAACUACGCCAUGCACAUCUGGAGCGGCAAGCACCGACUGCCCCAGUCCGUGGAGGACGUACAGACAGACAACUCCACGGUCGGGCAGGUGUUUCGUUAUAUUUUAUACGGAGAUCCCAGCCCGAGGGUCAAGAAGAUUAAAACUCCGUUGAUAGUUUAGUUGUGUAUAUAGUUUAGUUGUGUAUAUAGUUUAGUUGUGUAUAUAGGUUAGUUGUGUAUAUAGUUUAGUUGUGUAUAUAGUUUAGUUAUCAAUAUUGCUUAGUUGUGUCUGUAGUUGAGUUGUGUAUGUAAUUUGGUGGUGUAUAUAAUUUAGUUUGUGAAUAUAGUUCAAUAAUGUUUAUAGUUUAUCUUGUGUAUAUAGUUAGCCCAGCUCGGGCGCUCUUCUAGUUUUACUAUAAACAUGCCUUGCGUAAAUCGGGCUGUAAUCAAUUGAUGUAGAGUGCGUUGGUUAUUUGCGUGAUGACUGCAAUAGCAUUGUAAAGAAAUUUAUCUCAGGAAAAUACUAUUAUAGCGAGCUUUAUAAAUAAUAUUUAUACUAAAAUUUUAUACCUAUAUGAACUCACAUCU